AUGGCCCCUGCUAGCCUUCUUGGCCUCUGCGUCAGCCACAAUGCCAUCAAGGCAUCCAAUGGUUCUUUAUACUGGGGCCCGUACCGUCCCAAUCUCUAUUUUGGCGUCCGCAACCGUGCACCAGACAGUUUCAUGGCAGGCUUGAUGUGGGCGAAUGUAGAUGACUACAACAACUUCCCCAAUCUACGACAUGCAUGCGAGCAAGGCGAUGAUAUGGGGUCGUAUGGGUGGGAGCAGUAUGAUGCUCGUUUGGGAGGUGUGCAAGUCAUUCGAGAUAUUGCCAUGUCUAUUGACAUUACAACUGAGUUUGUCAAGCUGCCUGGAAAUCAUCAUGGCGGCAACUGGGCUGUACGUGUGAAGGGUACACCUAGGGAUGAUGCUGCACCGGAUGUCAAGACCGCCAUUGUCUUUUACGCAGGGCUUGAUGAGGGUGUGACUGUGCUCGAAGGAUCAGAGCGGACAGAUGCCGUCCAUGGACUUGAAGGCACUGUUCGUUUCAGGGGCCAGUCAGAAGAACUCGGUCAAUUUGCACUGGAGAUGAAUGAAGGCCCUGAAGGUCUCAACACCCACCCAGAAUCAGAGCAUCCGUAUGGCGAGAUCAAGGACUUGCAGAGAACCUCCUUCAUGAGUCUCAUCAUGGAGCGAGGUUCUCUUUGGCAGGCAAAGGAGGCACUUCUAUCGCUCUUGAGGCCGCAAAUCAGCAAGAUUCAAGAGACAUAUGGCGAGGCGCUGCCUGAACCCUGGGCGAUCUAUGCACUCAACAAUACCUGUCCGAUUGGCUCCAAUAUGCAUAUGUUACAACGGGUGUAUGAAGGAGCCUUUGAGUUUGAUGUGAUUUACAGGUCUUGGGAUGACCAGGUGAGCAGUGACGAUGUUACAAAGGGUAUCUCCAACCUCAAGAGCACGUUUGAAGACAAAUUUUCGCAAGUCUUCAAGCUCAAGGCUCCCUUCAACAAUGCCAAGUUCCACAAGUUUGGCCAAGUAUUGCUAUCCAACCUGAUGGGCGGCAUUGGUUACUUCCACGGCAAGUCCAUCGUGGAUCGUUCGUACUCUGGUGCAUACAACGAAGACGAAGAGCACUUUUGGGAGUCUGCUAGUGCUCAACUCGCUGCAAGCCCAGGCAAAGAGGAAGGUCCUGCCCAGCUCUUCACAUCUGUACCGAGCCGUGCAUUCUUUCCCCGUGGCUUUUAUUGGGAUGAAGGCUUCCAUCUCCUUCCAAUUAGCUUGUACGAUACAGACUUGUCACUCGAGGUUAUCAAGUCGUGGUUCGAUCUGAUUGACGAGGAUGGAUGGAUCGGACGCGAACAGAUACUGGGUGAGGAAGCGCGUUCCAAGGUACCUGAAGAGUUUCGCACACAGUACCCGCACUAUGCCAAUCCGCCAACUCUCUUCAUCACCAUUGACCACUUUUUGGAGCAGCUCAAAGCACAGUCUGGUGGAGCUGAAUACAAGGCCGAGUUUCAGCAAACGUUCGACGACCAAGCAAAGCCAAAGACUGAUUCUGUCUAUCUCAACAACCCUACACUUGCAAAGACUUUCCUGGCUGACUUGUAUCCGAAUCUCAAGCGUCACUAUGACUGGUUCAGGCGUACACAACGUGGUGAAAUCAAGUUGUGGGAUCGUGAAGCAACUUCCACCAAAGAAGCGUAUCGUUGGCGUGGACGGACACCUGAUCAUUGUCUUACGAGUGGUAUUGAUGACUAUCCGCGUGCACGGCCGCCGCAUCCCGGAGAGUUGCAUCUAGACUUGCACAGCUGGAUUGCAUUAAUGACCAAGUUGUUGCGCAACAUCGCAGAGCAAGUUGGUCAAGAGGAUGAUGCUGCUGAACUUGCCAAGAUUGAGAGGGAUGUUCUUGCAAAUCUGGAUGACCUGUACUGGAGUGAAAAGGACCAAGCGUACUGCGAUCAGACGAUUGAUGCGUUUGAAGAGAGCGCACCAGUCUGUCAUUUGGGAUACAUCUCGAUCUUUCCAGUUCUACUUGGCUUGCUACCAGCUGACCACCCGCAUCUGAUGGCUGUGCUCAAGCUCAUUCGCAGUGAAGAGCAUCUCUGGUCACCACACGGUAUACGCAGUCUAUCGGCGCAGGACGAGUACUAUGGUAAGGGCGAGAACUACUGGCGAGGGCCAAUCUGGAUCAACAUCAACUAUCUCCUCCUCUCGUCUCUGUAUCGCCACUAUAUCGACGUGCCUGGUCCUCACCAAGCAUUAGCCAGGGAGAUCUAUGACGAGCUGCGCGAGAAUGUAGUCAAGACGGUGUUUGAUGAGUGGCAGAAGAGUGGUAUUCUAUGGGAGCAGUACAACCCCGAGACGGGCGCUGGACAGCGUACCAAGGGCUUUACCGGAUGGACGUCGUUGGUUGUGAGUAUCAUGGCCGAGCAAUACUAG